AUGAAGCCACAUAUUGGCCAGGUUUUUCAGACCUUGGAUGAUGCUACUGUCUUCUAUAAUAAAUAUGCACGGCAGGUAGGGUUUGACACCCAUAAACAUGGAUCUAAAAGGGUUGGAGAUCUGGUCACAUGGCUAUACGUUGUGUGUAGUAGAGAAGGUGAGAAGCGAGUGAAUUAUAAACAGCCUGAGACUAAACGUAGACGUUCAUCUAGAAAGUGUCUUUGUAAGGCUAAAGUUGCUUUUAAGUUUUGCUUGGGUACUGGUUAUGUUGUUAAACAGUUUGAAGAGCGACAUAAUCACGAUAUGGUUCAUUUACGUCACAAGCGAUUUAUGAGGCUCAAUCGCAAUAUCGACCCAGUGCAUCAGAAAUUCAUAGCAGAUUGCGCAAGUGCAAAUAUCGGUCCCACGUUGACUUUUAGUCUGCUUAGCGAGGUCUUAGGUGGUUUGGAUUACGUCAGAUGCACCGUUGUCGAGGUUCGCAACUAUAGGCGUGAUCUUAGAGCAUAUGUGGAUGGUGCUGAUGCACAAAUGGUAUUGAAUGAUAUGAAGCGGAAGAAGGAGAUAUGUUCGUCGUUCACCUACGACUUUGAGGUAAACUCUAAGGGUAGGCUUACACGUCUUUUCUGGUGUGAUCCUAUUGCCAAGCACAAUUACCAUUUGUACGGUGACAUUGUCUCUUUCGACACAACCUACUCAACAAAUAGGUAUUGUAUGAUUUUUUCACCAUUCACGGGCAAAGACAAUCAGGGCAGACCCGUUACAUUUGGUGCAGGAUUAUUAUCGAAAGAAAAUGCUCCUUCUUUCGGAUGGUUGUUUGAAAAGUUUGUUAAAUGCAUGGGCGCUGCUCCCAAAUUGAUCAUUACUGAUCAGGAUUUGGGCAUGAAGGUGGCUGUUGAUAGUGUUCUAGUUGAUACAAGACAUCGAUGGUGCAUGUGGCACAUCAUGUUUAAGGUUGUUGAAAAAUUGCCCAAGAAUCAGCUCCACAAUGAGGAUUUAAAGAAGGACUUAAAUAAAUGUGUGUGGUCGGAGUUGACAGAUCCUGAAGAAUUCGAAGAAACCUGGCACGAAAUUAUGGAAAAAUACGGCCUUACAAACAACGAGUGGUUUUCGACAAUGUUUGCCAAUCGGAAAUUCUGGGUUCCAGCCUACUUCAGGGAUUUUCCAAUGAGUUCAUUGAUUAAGACCACCUCUGUAUCCGAGUCUCAGAACAGUUUCUUCAAGAGGUACACUAAGUCUCGAUGUAAUCUAGUCGAGUUUCUUAUGCAUUACAACAAUGCGUUGGACGCCCAAAGGAGCAAUAGCAACAGGUUUGAAUAUCAUGACUCCAACACUACCCCAAUGUUGAAAACAAAUUCUGCACUUGAGAGGCAUGCGUCAACAAUCUACAGUGACGGUGGGUUUAAGGCAAUUCAGGAAGAGAUUGAGGAAGCAAUUGAUUGUUGCACCAUGGUAAAGACUUCAAACGAGGAUGACACUGAAAUAUAUGUGAUCAAUGACAAGUUCUCUAAGGACUGGUCCGUUUCUUAUUCCGUCUCUGGAGAUUCAUACGUAUCUAUCAUCAUCGAUUCGGCAACACAAGAAUGGAGGGAUAUGCAUGGAGAUUAUUUUGAGGUUGCCCAGACUAUUAAGGGAAACGUUGACCAAAUUCGUGCAUUCAGACAAAUUAUUGCUGAAGGGAAAAGCGAAAUAAUCGCUGAAGGGAUUGUAUUGUCUAUUAGUGAUAAAAGGCAGAUGAUCGAGAAUUUCUAUGGGUCUCAAGCCCAUAGCGAAAUAGAUGUCCAUCCUCCCGACGUUGUCAAAACCAAGGGUUCAGGAAGACGGCCUCUUACACGCCUUGAGCAAGCUAUGAAGAUGAAGGCAAAGCCUGGUCGUAAAUGUGCCGAAUGCGGCGAGGUUGGUAAUCAUGAUGCAAGAAAUUGCAAAAAGAUUAAGGAGAAGCAGAAGAUAAAGUAA